AGUUAGGCUUGUUCACAACGUGCAAAUUUUUUAGUGUACGCAUCUGGUCGUGUCUAAGCUUCGACUGCUGUUAAAAAGUUGAUAAUAUUGAAUAAGUUGUUGCUGCAGGAGAGACUCGUUACUGGCACAGCAUCAGCCAACGUUAUUAGCUUAUAACUAUUCAUCGUCGUCGCUGCGUGAAACUUCCAAAAUGAACAUGCCAAUGCAGCAAGGUGUCCCCAUGGGCAUGAAUCCAAUGGUGCAAGGCAAUCCUGUACCGAUGCCGCAAGGUCCUCCUCAUCCAGGUAUGCAUCCAGGACAGCCUGGCCCACCAGGACCACCCAUGCAGCAACCACAAGAAAAAUUUGAUAAUAUUUCCAAAGUCAAAGGUUUGAUAGGACCGCUGCGUGACUCGUUAUCGUUGGCUCUGAAAAGUGCUGCACAAACUUUGCACCAGAAUAGUCUGAUCGAUGUAUCGAAGAGUACAGAGGUUCCAGAUCAACGUUUCAAUAAGAAUUUAGAAGAAUUUUAUAGCAUUUGCGAUCAGAUUGAGCUGAAUUUAAAGACAUCCAUCGAAUGUUUGAAUCAGAAUUCUAGUUCUGGUAGAUACAUGCCUGUGUCCGUCAUGUCUGCAAGAAAUGAAAAUAUGGGUGUCCAAGAUGCACUCAAUUAUUCACAAUAUUUAGCAACUGCUAGAUCUCAAGUACAGUAUGCUAAAGACAUUUACAAUACAUUGAAUAAUGCUGCUCAAUCUAUUUCAAAUAAUGAAUGAUGAGCUAUGUAGGACUGAUAAGAUAAACUAGAAAAAGGACUUCUGUACAUAACAAAAUUAGAUUUAUAUUUAAGUUUAAGGCAAACGAUAAUUAAAGUGUAUACACUGGUAAAUUACCAGUUAUAUACUGGUUGUGUUAUUUUUAAUAGGAAAAAAUGAUGAAA